GGGAGCCUUUCGUGCCUCAGGCUGUAACGCUGGACCCCGCCAGCAAGUAAAGCUCUUUGCGAAUAACCUGGUUCCUGGAAGCUAAACCUGACCUCUUGGAUUAAGAAGAUCCUACGGUACUGAUAAACCUAUACACGCUACAUUUAGCUGCAAUUGGCCCCUGGAAGCCAAAUGAUCAACUGUCGCCGGAGAUCUUGAAUACCCCACCAAAAGGUAUACUCCGGAGAGCUCCUUGUCGGUGGCCUCCGACACAAGAAGAGCGGAGGUCAAAAAGCAGCACAACGUAGCUUUAUCUCCUGCUUUAUCCCCUCUCCCUUUCAGUAAACUUCCUGGUAUUCUCGCUUCUGCUUAAUGGACCUUGGCUCCGGAAAUCAAUCCCUAUCAAGCGACCAGCUGGGCAAAGUCACAGACCGUCUUGGCUUAUACCAGAACCACCUUGCUUCUUCCUCAUCAUCGAGGUCUACAGCAGCAGCAGCAACUACUUCCAUCUCGAAUCCACAAACAAGCACAACACAAUCACAAUCAACCCCAAUGUCUCGCGACCCGAUUACGUGCCACGUGCUGAACACCCUAACGGGCACCCCUGCCGCCAACCUCCCCGUUACGCUCACGCUCCUCUCCAGCCCAUCCUCAAAAACCACAGCCCAAAACCCCACCUUCACCGCAACAACAAAUGCAGAUGGCAGAGUAGCAAAUUGGAGUCCCAGUCCCACGACCGCGGGCUCAUCACCAAGUGUUCCAGCCCUCCUUGCAUCUCUCCCAGCCUCCGAUAGCAAGACAAACUGGGCUGUACGAUUCGAGGUCGGCCCGUGGUAUGAAGCGCAGGGCGUCGAGAGUUUCUGGCCCGAGGUGGAGGUUAAAUUCACGGUUAAAGGACGUGGGAAGGAAGGCGAGGGCGGGUGGAGGCAUUAUCAUGUUCCUGUGCUGUUGGGGCCUUGGAAUUAUUCGACUUAUCGCGGGUCGUGAUUUCUACCUACCAGGAAGUUCCGAACCCGAAGUUUGGUGGUUGAUAACGUCGGCGGGCUCAAAUUUGAUAUAGAUAAGUAUUUUCUGGAAUUGAUCUUAUCGCAUUGUUAUCGAUUGUGUAAAGGUUAAAAUAAAAUAUGACGUACGUGGGCCCUUGGGCUUGGAGUAUGAAUUCACCGUAAUCCGUAUAAGCAUUCUGCACCGACAUAUAUAUCCGACUUUCUCUUAACUCUACUAAUUUCGAUAUCAGACAAAAUUGGUAUCCAUAUUCGGAUAUCUCAUCAUGUUCUAUAUUGCUGUCUCCCAAGUGACUAUAUAUCACGGUUGGCGUCUAAACCACCUAC